AUGGCCGUGGGGCAGCCCGCCUCCCCCGGGCUCCCCUCGGGACGGGACGCCACGGGCUGGGGGACCCCGGGAGAAGCCCGGCUUAGGGCAGCCCCGCCCCCGGCUCCGUUCCGGGAGGGCUGGCAGGAGAGCCCAGCCUGCUGCCGCCCUUCCACCUGUGCCAUCCGCCGGGCCUGCCGGACUCCGGCGUGCCCUCAGGGAGCUCCCCGUCCCGGCGAGAGGCUCAGCCAGAGCUGCCAGGAGGGAGGGAGCCCGGAGGAGGAGGGGGGCCGCUUGGGGUUCCUGGGCCACCCCAAGGCUCUUCUCCUGGGAGCCCAGGCAGCGUUUGGGGGCCUCUGGGCUCUGGGCUGCUCCAGAGGCCCGAGGGGCCCUGGGGGGCCAGGGGAGCACCCCAGAGCCUCUGCCUUCCCUCCCCCGCGGCAGCGAUGGAGCCUGAGCCGGCCUGGCCCCGUGUCACUGCGAGCCGCGCCCGGCGCCAUGGCGGCCUCCAUCUCCUGGGACGUGGUCUACAUCGUGGUGGAGGUGGCCAUCGCCGUGCUGGCAGUCCUGGGCAACGUGCUGGUAUGCUGGGCCGUGUCCACGAACAGCAAUCUGCAGAACGUCACCAACUACUUCGUGGUGUCGCUGGCGGCGGCCGACAUAGCGGUGGGUGUGCUGGCCAUCCCCUUCGCCAUCACCAUCAGCACCGGCUUCUGCGCCGCCUUCCACGGCUGCCUGUUCAUCGCCUGCUUCGUGCUGGUGCUCACCCAGAGCUCCAUCUUCAGCCUGCUGGCCAUCGCCAUCGACCGCUACAUCGCCAUCCGCAUCCCGCUCAGGUACAACGGGCUGGUGACGGGCCCGCGGGCCAAGGGCGUCAUCGCCGUGUGCUGGCUGCUGUCCUUCGUCAUCGGCCUGACGCCCAUGCUGGGCUGGAGCCGCUGCGCGGCGGGGGCGGGGGCGGCUGCGGGCGCCAAUAGCUCGGAGCCCCCGGGUUGCGGCGGUGGGCGCAUGCCGUGCCUCUUCGAGGCCGUCGUCCCCAUGGACUACAUGGUCUACUACAACUUCUUCGCGUGCGUGCUGCUGCCGCUGCUGCUCAUGCUGGCCAUCUACCUGCGCAUCUUCAUGGCGGCACGGCGGCAGCUGAAGCAGAUGGACGGGAAGGCGGCCGGGCCCGCCCGCUCCACGCUGCAGAAGGAGGUCCACGCCGCCAAGUCUCUGGCCAUCAUCGUGGGGCUCUUCGCCCUGUGCUGGCUGCCGCUGCACAUCAUCAACUGCUUCACGCUCUUCUGCGAGAGGUGCCCCCACGCGCCGCCCUGGCUCAUGUACCUGGCCAUCGUGCUCUCGCACACCAACUCCGUGGUGAACCCGCUCAUCUACGCCUACCGCAUCCGCGAGUUCCGCCACACCUUCCGCAAGAUCCUCCGCAGCCGCCUGGCCCGGGCCCCGCCCCCCAGCCUCCGCCUGGACUGG